AUGCAACUUCAAGGUACCAUUCCUCCACAACUUGGAAACCUCUCAUUUCUUGUUUCCCUCGACAUCAGUAACAACACUUUCAAUGGAGAAUUGCCAGAAGAGUUGACUCAUUUGCAGAGGUUGAAAGUGAUUGAUUUCAAUAGCAAUAACUUUACUGGUGCCAUUCCUUCAUUUUUAGGUUUGUUAAGGAACCUUCGGAUUUUGCUCCUUUCGAGCAACCAAUUUUCAGGGAAAAUUCUGUCUUCCUUUUCCAAUAUAAGAAAGUUGAAAGUGUUGAUAUUGCGGAGUAAUUUUCUGGAAGGAGAUAUCCCUCGGGAGCUCGGUGAUCUAUGUUACAUGACUUUCUUAGACCUUCGGGAUAAACUGCUGACUGGAUCUAUACCACCAUCAAUAUAUAACAUUACACCAAUGGAAAUAUUUGACCUCACCUCCAAUAAUCUUACAGGUAAGCUUCCAACAACUAUAUGUGACCAUCUUCCAAACUUGAAAGAGCUUUACCUCUCAGUCAACCACUUAAAUGGCGUUAUUCCGCCAAACUUGGGAAAAUGCAGAAAGCUUCAAAAACUGUCAUUGUCUAUCAAUGAGUUCAGAGGAAGUGUACCAAGAGAGUUAGGGAACUUAACAGCUCUUACAAAAUUAUAUCUUGGAGGACUGCACUUGGAAGGAGAGAUACCUGUGGAGCUAGGCAAUCUUAAUAAACUACAGUACCUGGGAUUAGACAUAAAUGAGUUUACUGGUUCCGUCCCUUCGAGCAUUUUCAACAUGUCAUUAUUGAAGAUCCUAGCACUUAAAGAAAACAAGCUUUCAGGUACUCUACCUUCAGAUUUAGGACUUGGAAUGCCAAGCCUAGAAGAACUAUAUUCUGGAUCCAAUAAUCUGAGUGGUUUCAUAUCUGCUUCCAUCUCAAAUUCCUCAAGAUCCAGAAUACUUGAUCUCCCAAGCAACAGUUUCACAGGUCCAAUUCCUGAAUCACUUAACUUAGAGUACCUUGAGUUUCUAAACUUGGGCGGGAAUCAUUUUUCCAGCGAUUCAGCACUGAGCUUCCUGACAUCUUUGACAAACUGUAGGAAACUAAAAGAAGUUGGUUUUGCAUAG